AUGAAAAGAGAACGAGAAAAUGAAUUGCAGCAAAACUCCUCUUCCGAAUCUCCUGACGGACUUUUCCAAUUGCCGGCUUACUAUCCAUUGUCCAAAAAAUUCAAGGCUGAAUUACGCCAGCUGAACCCCGCUAAGACGAUAGAUUCCGUAAUCAAGGAGACAAGAAGCGCAUUGAUGGAAACACUCUUCGAAUAUAUUGACAACCAAGCAGAGCAAGGACUUGAGCAGGUCUCAAAAGGUAACAUAGCAGCGGAGGAAUAUGAGAAGACCAAGAAACUAAAGUACAAAGAGGAUCCCGUUUUGCUGCGAGGCAAGCGCGUUUUGGAAAAGCUGAAUCAAACUCGAAGAUGCCAAGCCACCUAUCUCGCUGCCUUCCAAAAAACACGUACAGAGAUCCUGGAUCGCCAUGAGCCGGAGCUGAGUCUAGAAGACCUCGAACGCUAUGCACAUAUGAAAGUCGUACCGUCGCAAGUGCACGAUCUGUACAAAGACGUUCUAUCCUCGAACGUGAAAGAAUCUGCCUCUGUUAGCGAAAUGCUAGUGAAGUCAGAAGCAAUGGAAAUUGAUAAAAAGCUUUUUGUUGCCAUCAACCCAACCGAGCCUAUACCUUUCAACGACCAAGAGGACGACGAUGAAAUAGAGAUAGGCGGUGGUAAAGUGAACUUGACUUGUCCGAUUUCUCGCUUGAUAAUGAAAAACCCUGUCAAGAAUAAAAAAUGUGGACAUACAUACGACAAAGCAUCGCUCGCCAAUUACAACUCGACCGAUUGCCCUGAAUGUGGAGUCACGAUCCAGAAAUCGGAGCUGGUGGAAGAUACACUAAUGAAGAUUAGAAUAGCCUGCUACGAGAGAGACCAAAAACUUCAAGAAUUUCACAAGACAAAAGCUGAUGAUGACAUCGACCGUUUAUAA